AUGCGAGUGCAAAUAUAUCCCCAUGACACCACAGACUCGAUUGUGACUACAGUCAAGAAUUUCUAUGGGAUCUAUGAUGGCGCUGCGAGCGGUGUCAGUUUUGAGGAUGAGCACGGCACCACACUUAUUGCUAGGUAUGAGAACUUAAGAAAUAACAUGACGGUGUAUGUGCGGGUAAUCCCCGUCCAAGCAUACACAGAAGGCUACGGUGAUCGCUAUUAUGGGCAUAUGCCAGUCGAGGCUCGCAAACGCCCCAGUCUUGGCGAGCCUUUCCAGAUGGCGCCCGCAAUGCAGUCGGCGCAGAUCCCAGAUCACCAGCCCCCUUCUCGGCCAGGCUCUAGACUCGCUCGGAAGCGCAGUAUGUCACCAUCUGGAAGAAGCCGUCGUAGCGCUUCGCAGCACAAGCAGCUCUCUCGAGCGAGCAACAAGAGCAGGGGCUCCAGCACACAUGGUAGCUUCCAUGACGAUGGGGCCUCUCUCUACAGUGACAGUGAGGGCGGAUAUGGAUCUGUCUCAGGGGGCAAGAAGUCCCGUAGUGAACAGCUGGGCAGCUCAGAUAUCAGUAUGGACAAUAUCCUCCAAGAUGGCCGCCGCAAGCGGCCUAAGUUUGAGAGUUCGGAGCUGCCAUUAUUCGUUCCUCCUCAGGUCCCUCUCACUACAUCUACCUCGUCGAUCUCCCCUCAACGCCGAUCCAUCGGCCAAGAAGGUGCCAUCUCCCCAUUCGCACGCCCCACUCAACGCCCGUACAGCUAUCAACAACCAUUACCUUCACCACAAAGCUACGGACAUAACGAUCAAAUAUAUGGGUACAACUCUAUGCGGAAUAAUAUCUAUGCCACUCCAGUGGUUCCGGAACAUGGACACCGCUUACGCAAUGGUGCCGGGUCUGGCAUUCUCCCAACCCCAGACCCUACUAUUGCCAGCUGCAUAUCUGACGAGGAUGUUGCAAUGCAAUUAAUCCGCUUAGGCGACGCCUCAAAUUUCUCCCAUGGUCGCACAUCCGCUUCAACCCUUGAUGAUGCUUUUAGUGGCGCUGCCGAUGCGGCCUCCUCGACGGGAGCGACUAGUGAUGGCGAGGAUUUCAGCGAAGAGGAUGACGACCUGCCCGCACGGAGCAGACAGAGGGUGGACUCGAGCCCGAUGCUUCCGCCGGGCGCUACUAAGUGCACACACAAGCGCUUAGAUGACAUUCUCCCCAGUUUCGACAGCUCUGAUGGAAGUGAUGGCGAUGAGGAGUACCAGCAGGAUGAUUAUCAGGACAGCCUGAUCAAAAAUGAGGCCGACGAUGAUUCUCUUUACAGAGAGUCUGCCCCCAAACCGAAGAAGGCUAAGACACGGGCAAAUAGUGCCACUUCUAGCAAGGCUCGAGGAACCAAGCCGGCACCUGUGCGGCAACAUAAAAUCAACAAGGGUGCACCCGCUGCUGCUCGUAAGGUGAAGUCCAUGCCAGCUGCGACUAGUCAAAAGCCCAUCGUGCCCCCGCAGAUGGUUAGCCCUGCCCCUACACGAAAGACCUCAACUUCAUCGGUCAAUUUCCAGCACCAGUUGGCUGCGGACGAAGAAGACCUGUCAACCAAGCCGCGCUGCCAACGCUGCCGUAAAAGCAAGAAGGGCUGCGAUCGUCAACGUCCCUGCGGGCGGUGCAAGGAUGCUGGGAUUGGCAUCGAAGGCUGUAUCAGUGAAGAUGAAGGAAAUGGUCGCAAAGGCCGCUACGGUCGUCACAUGGGAGUUCCCGUGAAGAAAUCCAUUGAAGCUACUAGCUCAGUCAAUGGCGAUACACAGCCCAUUGUGGCUGCUGCUUCUGCUGCUUCGUCAUCUGCUGCCAUUGACAAGAACAAGAAACGCAAGCGUUAG